CUCGUAUCUGCCGACAUGAUCGCUCAGGUGACAUUGUUGCUGGUCAUCUCGACCGUGGCAUUCGCGGGAGGUCACGGUGGCUACGGGCACCACGGUGGUUCCAGCAGGACGUACAGGAAACAGAAUGACCACGGCCAUUACGGCUUCGGCUACGACAUCGUCAACGGCUAUGGCGCCGUCAACGGCCGCCACGAGACCGGCUCGGCGUACGGUCCCGUGCACGGCUCGUACUACCUGGGUGACAUCGACGGCCGCCACCGGCAGGUGCACUACGUGGCCGACAAGUUGGGAUUCCGGGCCAUGGUGAAGACCAACGAACCGGGAACCAAGAGCAGCCUUCCGGCAGCCGCUCCUUACCACUCGGCGCACGGCAAGACGGUGCCUGCCUACGGACACGGCGGAUACGGUGGAUACGGUGGACACCGAGGCUACGGAGGAUACGGCGGCUACGGUGGAUACGGCGGCUACGGUGGAUAUGGUGGUUACGGAGGCUACGGAGGCCACGGAUAUUACGGCUAGGGUGUAGUCGUCAUUUAUCUAGUGCUCCACCGUCCUGCCCCUUCUUGUUCGUUGUCUCUCUCUUCGCCUGGCUUCUAUUUUGUAAGUAUGUCUUUAAACAAUAUAGUUUUUUUUUCAAAGUUAGUUUUUAAUUUCGUGGGGUUGAUAGAACGUGAGACAAA